CCGACGCUUGGUCCUGGCGACAAGAUUGGCACAGGCGAUUCAUCGAUCCUGUACGACUUUAUGCCAUCUAAAUCAGCCCUCUAUCCUACACUUUCGUCCUUCAACAUAUUUUCCCGCCUCUGUGCUGAAGUUCGCUGGCAGCGUAUGUUUCACGCAACUGGCGAAGUUCCACGGCUAGUCUGCGUCCAGGGCAUAUCACAAGAUGACGGCUCGCAUCCAAUUUACCGCCAUCCAAGCGACCAUGUGCUCCCCCUCAUGCCCUUUUCUCCCUCGGUGGAUGCGAUCCGGUUGGAAGCGGAGAAACGCGUAGGACACCCGCUGAACCACGUCCUCAUCCAGCUCUAUCGAUCUGGUAAUGAUUACAUCUCAGAACACAGCGAUAAGACGCUGGAUAUCGUCCAUGGGAGUAAGAUUGUCAACGCUAGCUUCGGGGCGCUGCGGACGAUGCGACUGCGGACGAAAAAACCCGAAAUCGCCACCAUUGCUAGAGCCGAAUCACAUCCUUCUACAGUUCCCAGCACAUCCUCUUCCGACCGAGUAACCCAGCGCGUGCCUAUGCCGCAUAACUCACUGUUUGUCCUCGGCCCAGACACUAAUGCGACCUGGCUUCAUGGAAUCCAGCCGGACAAGCGUGCUCCCAUCGAUAGAUCUUCUGCCGAACUGGCCGAGGGCGGAGCACGCGUUUCGCUGACGUUCCGGCACAUCGGAACAUGGGUCAGCGGUGAUGAGAACUUGAUCUGGGGUCAGGGUGCCACUGCUCGAGACAAGUCAGAGGCACGGAAGACCAUCCAUGGAGGAGAGGAAGCCAAGAAACUUAUCAUGGCCUUUGGGGCGGAGAAUCGCAGUAGCGAGCAAAAUUCCUGGGAGAGGUUCUACGGGAAACGAUCCGAUGUGCUU